CGGCGCUCAGGGGAGGAGGCGGGCAUGGGGCGGCUUAAAAGCAGCUGCCGGCUGGGAAGCGGCCAGGACCAGGAAAGCUCCGCGGGACUCAGGCACCGACACCCGCAGGCGGAGCAAGGACCGCGCACAGCGAGGCAGCUACUCCUGCCCCGGGCCCCCCGCCCGUGCAUGGUGCCCGGCGCGCAGCCGGGGCUCUGGUCUGCGCGCGUGCCUGAGGCAGGUCAAAGGAUUCAAACGAGACAAUGGACUGGGGAACACUGCAGGCCAUUUUAGGAGGUGUAAACAAACACUCCACCAGUAUCGGAAAGAUCUGGCUCACCGUCAUGUUCAUUUUCCGUGUUAUGAUCCUUGUGGUGGCGGCAGAGGAAGUCUGGGGAGACGAACAAAAUGAUUUUGUCUGCAACACUCUGCAACCGGGAUGCAAAAAUGUUUGCUACGACCACUUCUUCCCCAUCUCUCACAUUCGACUAUGGGCCCUUCAGCUUAUCUUUGUCUCGACUCCUGCACUUCUCGUGGCCAUGCACGUUGCAUACAGAAGAAACGAGAAGAAAAAACAGUUCAGAAAUGGAGGGAAAACCUGCGAAUAUAAAGACAUUGAAGAAAUAAAAGCACAAAGAUAUCAUAUUCAGGGUCCCUUGUGGUGGACCUACACCAGCAGCAUAUUCUUCAGAAUGAUCUUUGAAGCCCUCUUUAUGUAUGCGUUUUACUUCAUGUAUGAUGGCUUCCAAAUGCCACGCCUAGUGAAGUGCAAUGCGUGGCCUUGCCCCAACACAGUGGACUGUUUUGUUUCUCGACCCACUGAAAAGACAGUGUUCACUAUUUUCAUGAUCGCUGUGUCUGGUAUUUGCAUUUUGUUAAACGUGGCUGAAUUCUGCUAUCUGCUGGUAAAGGUUUUCCUCAGAAAGUCUCGAAGAGCAGCAUCUCCAAGACAUCACCACAACCAUGAAACUAAAGAGGAAACUAAACAAAAUGAAAUGAAUGAGCUAAUAUCUGAUAGCUGUCACAACACAGUCUCGGGAUUUCCAAGCAGCUAAGGUGAUGCAAAUGUGAGGAGUCACUUGGUGUGGAGUGAAUAUUCCUCUUACAAAGCUACAAAUGAAAUCAGCUACAUUAAACAAUAAAGUGGGGUGAAGGUUUAAUAUGUAAUGUCAGGUGGGAAUUAAACACUUAGUUCAAAAGAGUCAAAGCAGCAUAAAAAUGUGAAAAGUAUAUAAGGAUUAAAUAGGAAACUGUCUUCAUAAGAAUAUCCUUAAGGCAACUAUGACAAGCGAAAACUCACUAGUACCUCGAGGCUAGAGUCACAGAAGGGACUUCGGAGUUAGGCAACACCUAGGGACCCUGCUGCCAGUGCAUGAGGAGAGUAUGCUGACCAAGAAGAGGAUUCUCAGAAGCCUGCAUGCUGAGUGGGGAGCUGCCUCAGCUAGCCAGACAUGAAAUGCAGAGGAAAAAGGCAGGGGUUUAGGUGCUUAAGCAUCUUUAAAGAUUUGGACCCUAACUCCAUUUGGGAUUCUUGGCCCUGAACCCUCUCCUGGAGUUAGGUGCCUAAGCCAGGUCAGACCUUUUUCAUAAUGAGAACAAUACAGAACCCAUUAUAGCCAAUUGCCCAACAGGGUUAAGGCACUCAUCUGGGACGUGGGAGACCUGUUUUGUUUUGUUUUUGUUUUUCAAAUCCCUGCUCUGCCUGAUCUCCCCUGAAAGGUGGGAGACCCGAUCAGGUAAACAUCCUCACCAGUGGGCUGUAGAUUCGAUCUCUCAUGGGCCUACUGAUUAUUUAUACAAAGGGGACCUGUUUCAAAAAGAGAGACUGAGGCCUGAUCUACACUAAAAAGUUAUGUUGACCCAGCUAUGUCGCUCAGGGGUAUGAAAAAUCCACAUAGUUAAGCUGACUUAGGGUAUGUUUUCACUACCUGCUAUCUUGGCCGGCAGCGAUCGAUCCAGCGGGGAUCGAUUUAUCACGUCUAGUCCAGACACAAUAAAUCGACCCCCCCCCCCCACGAGCGCUCUCCCGUUGACAGGGGAAUGGCAGCAGUUGAUUCACCGCGGUGAAGAUACCACAGUAAGUCAAUCUAAGUAUAUCAACUUCCGCUAUGUUAUUCACGUAGCUGAAGUUGCAUAACUUAGAUCGAUUCCCCCCUCUUCUCUUCCUUCCCCUCUCCCCUCGCCCCCCCAAGUGUAGACCAGGGCUAAAAUCCUGGUGUAGAUAGCGCUAGGUCAAUGGAAGAAUACUACUGCCUGUCAAGGAGGUCAAUUAACUACAGUGACAGGAGAUCCCCUCCUUUUGCACUAGUGUCUACACUGAAAGCGCUACAGAACGUGGACAUUUGUUGUACUUUGAAGAUGAAAAGUGCUCUAUGAAACUGAAGUGUUAACAAUAAUAGUAAUCCUGUUGGGAGAAGCAAACACCUUGUAUACCACGACUCAUCCCCAAAUACCCAAUAGCCUGGUGGCUAGGGCAUUCUUACCAGACAUGGGAGACCUGGGUUUCAGUCCCUGCUCCACCCAGAUUUAAAAACAGGUCUCUGACAUUCCAGGUGAGUGCCCUAACCACUGGUCUAUUGGGUAUUUGGAGGAGUACACACUUGCUAGCCAGGCCCCAAAAUUUCUGACUGUCUCUUGUGCGGGUUAGGCAUGCUCUGGGCGUGUUCCCCUGCCCAUCUCUCCAGAGACCAAUUUGGUAAACACCUAGUUUGAGAAUCCUGCUAUGCCUUAGGUGUAAGGUAGGGCUCCAAGCAGCUCAUUAGCUGUCAGGUGGAAAUCUAGACACCUUCAAGGUUAAGCAGUAGCUGAAUGGUGCUUUUGUGAUUGGUCAUAAGCACCUAAAGAGGCAGUAAAGCAACUGAGUCCCUUUGUGAAACUAGCCUUUUAUGCAGAUUUCAGUCCUGAAAACUUUACAUUCAAUAGCAAUAAGAACAAACUUUUUCCAGGCAAGAUAUUCUAGUAUUACAAGAUGUUUUUACUUACUUGUGAAUUCAUAACUAAGGUAUUUUUGUAAGGUCUGAAAUUCCAUGUUAUUUAGAGUGUGAUAGUGUGUGUGUGAGUAGUAUGGUUUUUUCUUUGUUUUGUUUUUACCAGAAAAGCAGAUGUAACCUCCAAUGUCAUUUUAAUAAAGUAUAUCAACUUUAAA